AUGGGGAUUCAGAUAUCAGAGCUUAAAACAGGAGUUGAGCCUUUCCACGGCAUAACUCCCAACUCAUCGACCAUGCCUCUCGACCGGAUCGAGCUACCGGUCACGUUUGGCACGCCCGAUUAUUUCCGCACAGAAAAGCUGACCUUUGAUGUCACGAACUUCGAGAAGGCGUACAAUAUCCCGAGUCCUAAGGGUGCCAUUAUAGUUAAAGGGGAUCAGUGCGCAGCGAUCAAAUGCAACAAGCAAAGCCUGGAUAUGGUCGAACAUUUUGGUCGAGUGGCUAUCAUCCCCAAGGAUGCGAAUUCUAAGCAUCAAAGGCACCAAGAUGUUGUCGAGGCCAAAAACUCCAGGCUCGUAAGUCUUGCUAGCACCUCUGUAUCUGAUGACGCCGAAGGCAAGAUCAACGAUGGUGUCAAUGAUAAGAAGAUUGAUGGUUGUGUCAAGGCAGUGCCACUCAACCCGUCUAAACCAUCUAAGAUGGUUAAGAUUGGGGCCAAUCUUGACCCCAAAUAG